AUGCAUUGGAUGUGGGCACUGCACAUGCUGGAGCGGUGCAGGAUGCGGUUUCGGCGAUCGAUGAAGCGCAGCGUGCGGUUGUUCGUUCUGCUUACGAUUGUGGCGCUUUUAUUGCUGCUGAGCAUUGCGAUGUUUGACCCCACUGUGGACGAGGUGGACGCGGACUACAUCGACGUGGAGGACAUCGCCCACGAGCUUGAGAACCCGACGCGUCCUACCCACCACGACAUGGCGGGGAUGCAGAUGCAAAUAAAGCGCGGACGGGAGUCCAUGCUGCUGCACGCAAAGGACCUUCUUUCGUUGCUGCAGCGGUUUUCAGAUGAGAUUACGAUUGCUGCCACCAACGCCAGGCCUGGGGAGGUGGUGCGGCCUGUGGAGAAGACCCUCACGACCCCCGAGUCUGUUCUCUCAGAGUACUACGGAACAGAGCUGCUACGACUGAACAACUUGCACGAAAAAGACCUUGACGCUGGCUACGCGGAGAACGUGGUACACUCCGACACCUACUGGAGCCCGUCUCACGUCACCCGCCGCGGUUACGGACUCGAGGGAAGCAUCUUCGUUGGCGUCACGCAUAGCCAGGAGGCGUCGUCGUCGUCCGACGUGGAAACGGCUUGCGCGGCGACGGUGCGGAGUCUCUACGAGGCUGCACGCUGGCCACUCGCGGUGUUUACCGGCGUCGUGGAUGUCACGCUUCUCACGACGCCCACGCCACGUGAUACCACCGCCUCCACGGCGUCGUCGAAGAAUACAGAAAGUCAGUCACCAGAGGAAACUCCUGCGUGGACGUCGACGCCGCCGCCGCCGUCCGUGUGUGUCCCGCGCGCGUAUCUUUUGCCCAGCUGUGCGGAGCGUGCCUCGUUUUGCCCCACAGACAACAUCUUCGUCCGACGGGUGCGGGUUGGGCCGACGUCGGCCGGUACUGUCGGUGCCGCGGGAAAUGCACGGCGUCGCAGGAUGCAUCCUCUGUUUUCCUCCGUCGCGGCACAGCGAUACGCAACACUGGCGCUUUACCGCGGCGAAACGUAUGUCAUGUUCAUUACCGCCGGUUUGCAGCUUGUCUUCAAGUGGGAUGUGCUGACCCGCAUUCUGUGGCUGCAGCUGCCCUCGCGCCAUGCGGUGCUUUCCCAACCCCCCGUUCCCAUCAGCCGCCAGGCCGUCCGUGUGGCAUGGAACGCUGUGGUGGUGAAGCACGUGGAGGGAGUUAUCGCCACCACCAAGCUGUUCUCCAACGGGACGGCGGAACAGACGCAUCGGUCGAAGCUGAGCGAGGAAAAACUGGGGAACGGUGUGGAUCGGUGGCUUGAGUCGAUCCAGUGGGCACUCAAUUUGGAGGCGGUGCAGCUUCAGCUCGCGAGGGAUGAGGCGGCAGGGAGCGGCGGGAAGGAGCACACCGACACCGAGAAGGAUACGGGAAUGCGGGAGGAGGAUGUCGUGUCGUACAUUUUCCACCAUGACGCGGCGGUGUUUCGCCACGCGAAGGAGCAGGCACCCAUGACGGGUGGUGCCACGCCGAGGGAGGAAGGACGCACCCCUGGUGCGGCCAGCCGCAGGGACAUUCAACUCUACUGGCUACGACAGUUUUAUGAGAGCCUGCGUGAGGCGUUAAUGAAAGAGGUGGUGGAGCGAAAUACCACGUCGUGCCUUUCUGGCGUUCAAAUGAAGGGGCUGAAGUCCCGACAAUAUGCUGAGUCCCUCUUUAGACUUCAUGCGACACGGGUGAGGCGGCUUAGCCAUGCCAUGCAAGACCCUCGCUACAUGCGGCCCUCGCCCUUUCAUGCGUGUGGCGGGAAAGGCGAGAGUGCAUGCCCAGGUCCGUCUGAGGCCAAAAACAUGUGCCAUAGCGACGUGAUGCUUCCAUACUUGCGGCAGGCUUGGGUGACCACAGACUUUCUCUUCGCUCGGGCAGAGACCUUUGUUAAUCUCCCACGCGAGGGCGUCGAUGGCUACGGUGGUCCCACAAACGCGGAUACAGUGCGGCUGGACCCUUAUCUGAGUUUUGUGGGCGCCGACGAGGAGGCGGUGCUGCUGAGCGCACGGCUCUGGACACACGGGUGGGAUUUAUUUUCCGCAACGGAACCAAUUGCCUUCACCGUGGCACAACCGCGCACGGAGGCGGCGUCCGAGGCAGAUACGUACACGCUCUCUCCAACGCUGCAGCGGCUGCGUGAGCAGAGUGUGACACGCCUGCGGCACAUUCUUUUUGGCAAAAACGGCGCUGCGGGCACCUCCCCAAAUGUGGAGGCUGCGGCAUUGCGUGACGUGGAGCAUUACGGUCUCGGUGAGCGGCGGUCGAAGGAGCAAUUGUUUUACUUUUCUGGCCUUCAGGAGGCAACGCGGCGGGAAGGAUUGGUGGAGUCCGACGCCGAUGCUCAAAAUGCAGAAGAAUCCAACUGCCCCGUAUUUUUCUGUCGCAGUCAGCAAUCAUGA